ACGCGGGACGCGGCCCGGCCCGGCCAUGGCUUCCUACCGCCUGGGGGUCCGCAUCGGGAACUGGCUGGAGGACGAGAUCGCUCAGCAGGACCUCCUGAAGGAUUUUAUCCGUAAGAGAGAGAAAGGACAACUUUUUGUACAGAGAUUGGCCAGACUUAAAGAGAAUAUUUUCAAGAAGGUAGAGCUGUCAGUAUCCUCUGAUGGAUUUGUUCACUUUGGAGAUACCGUGUUGCUUGUGAACCCAGACAGCAAAUCCUCGGAGGAGAGGGACCCCGAACUGCGUGGUGAUGUCACUCUGGCUGUUGACAUGGAAGAAGUGUCCCUGUACUCAGAUGAGCCCCUGCAGAUCUCUCGUGGACUCAGUGCAGUCAAGAGGGUGGACCCCAUAGGUCGAAAUGCUUUCUGUAUUGUAAGUGUUGAUGGAAGUGCAGUGGGUGAACCACUUAGAUACGGGCAGAACUUUCUUCUUGGGACAAAAGGAGGGGUUUCUGACAAACUGUUUUAUCUGGCAAGUGACCACAAAACAUUUAGAGAUUUUGCUAAUAAAUCUCGCCUUCAGAAAGUAUUUCUGACAGCUGAGCUUUCCUAUUUGACUUUCUGGCAAGCAAAGUGCUUGGAUCCACAACUGCGUCUUGAACAUGAAGGAUUUCCAGUUCCUGCAGAAACUAAGAUUGUUAUUACUCAUUGCUACACCAAUCGCAACUUAGCUGUUCCAAGGACCUUCUGUGUGUGGUCUUAUUUUGGAAGAGAAUUUGAAGUCUUUUGUCACAAUUAUCUGGACUCUCGCAAAGUUGAAGAAGAUAAGAAUCACUGGGAGAUAAUUACAGGAAAUCCUGGUCCUGAAGAUGGCACAAUGCCUGAAAGACCCAAGGCUCUCCCAGAAGGGUAUGAGAAUAAAUUAGUUUCAUGAAAAGACAAAGGAUAUAAAAGCCCAAGACCAAAGCCUGAGAGAUGAGACUGAUUAUUGUUUCUUUCUCUUUAUAUUUUAGAGAUGUUUAUUUUAAAAAUGGAAAUUAAAGUCUGCCAUUAGUAAUAUUGCAUAAUCUCAUUAACUCAUCAAGGUUAUAGUGGGCAAAAAACUCUUAAAACUUGAUGAACCACAUGUAAAAAAUUGUAAAUGAGGAAAGGCUCCUUUUCCCAUUUUCACAUUCACCAAUGACAAAAGCUGUCAGAACCCAGGAAGCCUAAUAGAUUUCCAUUAAAUUACUGGCUCUCAGAGUAUAUUUAACCAAUUCUUCCAAAGCCAAACCAGUGUCACAAUUUUUAAAAGGGUGAGUGGACAGUUUCCAAAGCACUGAAAACCAAACACACACAAAGUUAUCAUGGGAUGCUUUGACAUUUAAAGUUCAUCUGAAAGAAAGUUGGUUGCUGAGUUUGUUCCACCCUCCAUCAAGCAAAACAUUGCAGAUUAUUAAAUUACAAGUUAGACUUUUUUAUUUUGAGAUUAUCUUCUAAUUCAUGGAUAUAAAUUGCACAUUUUCACAAUGGAUUGAUCUAAGUCUGUUUAUAUUUUGUAGAUAUUAAAGUUUAGUAGAUAAAGUUUUGUAGAUAAUUAAUUUUAAUAAGACUUAAACUGCAGGAAUGCACUGUAGUGUUUCUAAUUUGGCCAUUAGACUUUUCCUGGUAUUAGAUGCAGCUAUUUCAACUCUAAGUCUCUUAACUCUGGGUCAAAUGUUGGAAACAAGAAGAGGCUUUAAACCAAAAGCAUUUCUGAAAGGAAGCUUCGUGUAAACUCAUGUAGGAAUGAGGACUGGGUGGGCAGGGUGCCUGGGCUGGCUGAUGUUUUGGGUAGGAGUAUUUGUGUGUGUGAGUGGAAGGAAAGCAAUGCACCCUGUACAAAAACAAGUUUUGCAAAGACUUGGAGGAAAAACAAAGAAAUAAACAGAUACAGAAAUGAGUAAAAAAGCAGGUAAUGUUGGAAUUUGGUUCUGAUUAAAAGUGGC